AGUAAAAUUUAAACUACUCUCUCUCCCAAAAAUACUAAAAAAGGACCAUUUUCUUUCAUAGUUUAGCUACUACAAUUUGUCUAUGCCCUUGUUCUUCUUCUUACAUUGUUGCCGGCCGGAGCCAUCACCGACGUUGUCAUAAUCAUUGUUUCAUUGUAAAGACAGUAACACAUAUUGUCUUGUUUUUUGUAAGGAAAUAUUUGGAUAAAAAUGGUGGCAUUACGAGUUGAACAACUGAAGCAGUUGAAGGACAUUUUCGCGAGGUUCGACAUGGAUUCCGACGGAAGCCUCACCGUUCUCGAGCUGGCGGCGUUAUUGAGAUCGCUAGGGCUGAAGCCAUCGGGUGAUCAAAUCCAUGCGCUGUUAGCCAAAAUGGAUUCCAACGGCAACGGUGCGGUGGAAUUCGAUGAACUAGCCAAUACUAUAUUGCCUACAAUGAAAGAUGAGAUACUGGUGAACCAAGAGCAACUCACGGAGGUUUUUCGGUUGUUCGACCGCGACGGAAAUGGGUAUAUCACGGCGGCGGAGCUGGCUGGUUGCAUGGCGAAAAUGGGUCAUCCGUUGACGUAUAAAGAGUUAACGGAUAUGAUAAAAGAGGCUGAUGCCGAUGGGGAUGGUGUCAUUAGCUUCAAUGAGUUUUCUUCUGUAAUGGCAAAGUCGGCCUUGGAAUUUCUGGGCAUUUCUUUAUCAUCAUCUUAACUAAUACUAAAGUUUAAGUUAGGUUAAUUAUGGUGAUUAUUUUUGCUUCCUUUUUGUGUAAACAUCAUAUCCUUGGAUCAUUUAUAACGACGAGUCUUAUGGACUAAU